AUGGAUAUUUUCGAUCAACCCUGCUACAAAACCACCAAGAAUUGCACUACUCUGAUUGGUCGGUGGCCGUACCAAUCUCGAAAGCAGAGUUUGAUAAUAAUUACUCUUCUAUGGAUCGCUCUUGUGCUUCAAGCUAUUCCACAAAUUAUUGCCAUAGUCUUGUACGCUGAUGACCGGGAUAUUAUCAUUGAAGCAUUGUCGACAUUUAUAUUAGAUAUUGUGAUAACAACUAAGUACUUAAACGCGACUUAUCAUGCUGAAUUGGUUCGUUCUUUUUUUUUAUUCGAUAAAAUGGAAGUGGAUUGGAGGUUGCUGAAGGAUGAGAAAGAAAAAAAGAUUCUGCAGCAUCAUUCGAAUGUCGGAAAAUUGUUGGCAACUGCUUACACAGCAUUUUUAUUAACAUCGGCAACGAUAUUCGUUAUGGAACCAAUUUUACCAAGGAUAUACAGCUUGUUUUCAAAAUCCAAUGAAUCUAUUCCGUAUGAAUUCGCUCUUCCGCUAGAGUAUAUAAUAUUCGAAAAAGAGGAUCAUUAUUGGUUGAUACUGACUAUUACUAAUUUGUUCGCUAUUAUAAUUGUGUUUGGUAUCGUUUCAUGUGACCUGAUUUUCAUAACAUUGCUGCAACAUAUUUGCGGAUUGUUUGCAGUUUUAGGAUAUAGGAUAGAACACGCACCUAUUGAUGACAUUGAAAUAAAUAAUGGAAAAGAAGAAGCCAUCAGUUAUCAAAAAUCUGAUCAAAAUACUUCUUACCAAUAUUUGGUCUCAUGCAUUGAAAUGCACACUAGAGCAUUGGAAUUUUCAGAACAUCUUGAAAACUGUUUUGCGCUAAGUUUCGGUGUAGUGGUUGGGUUAAAUUUACCGCUCAUGAGUGUCUCUGGUUUUAAUAUCAUAACACAAUCUCACUCAGUAGAACAAAUAGUCAAAGGCAUAACAUUUAUGGGCAGUCAAAUUUUGCAUCUAUUUUUUGACUGUUACAUGUCGCAAAAACUUAAUGACUCCAGCUCACAAAUUUCUCAAAGCAUCGCUAAUAUAAAAUGGUACAAACAUUCCAUACAAUCCCAAAAAUUGUUGGUUUUAAUGACGGUGAGAAGUCAAGUACCCUGCAAAUUGACGGCUGGCAAAAUUAUGGAAUUGUCUAUUGAAAACUUUGCAAUGUUAAAAACGGCUGGAUCGUACUUUACAAUGUUGUUAUCGAUGCAG